AUGUAUCAUGGUACAAUUAUUGGCAUGGGCCCACAUGGGAUAGCCCGUCCCCAUUGGACUGCUUGGACGCUGCAGCAGAUGAAGUGGAAGGCUAAUGAGCAAUUAGCAGCAUUCCCAAUCGAUGAAGAGACGGUUACCUUUGGACACGACCCGACAUGCAGUGAAAGAAAGGCGUUCCUUGUUGUUCUUGGCGACGCAGGCCUCACCAUCGAUGGCUGCCCCGUGAUCCCAUCUAUUAACGCCUCACUUCCCACAACGAAUCCCGUCUCUAAUAGCUGCGAAAUUGAAAUACACAAGAAACAUUUCAUAUCCUCCUACCUGCCCAAGCCGUUACGUUCUCCACUAUACAACAUCGAUUCACCAGUAAAGCCUGAAAAUAGCAGUGGCGGACGGAGGAAAUUACGAACGAGCAUGAUCUACGGCGCUCAAGUAUUACCCCUCGUGGAAAGCCCUCUUUAG